AUGGAUUUUACCAGGAAAAAGAAGCCGCCAACUCUCUGCUCAAAAUCCACUGGGAUAUCAAAACAGCAGAAUAAGAAACAGCGAGUGGUGUCCACUGGUCUUGGGACUUCGUCGACCUCUGCUGCUGCCGAUGACGAACUUCCCGAUUCCUCUACAUCGUGUUCUGCAAAUCAGCUCCUUCAGUCCUUUCAAAAACAUCUUAAUCUCGGUUGUGAUGUUGGCGAUGAAGUAGAAAGUUCAAUGGCAGACCCUCCUGCAAACGUGGACGUCGCCGUGCAUUUAUCUGCAGAUGGUACGGCUCAAGUUUCUGAUCUUGGACAACCUGGAUAUCAUGCUGAAUCAGAUCGAAUGGACGAUGAUGGCUACCCAAUAGUUGUCGAUCUUGGAACUAGUGAAAGGCAAUCACGCUUGGCUCGACAGCGUCUCAUCGACGAAGUCAUUCAGGAACAAGCUUUCGACCAGGAUGUAAUCGAAGAACUAGAACGUGCAAAUAUGCGUCGAGUGUUUGAGGACAUUGAGGAUGCAGAAGGCGAGCAUUCAGCACAAAGACGUCGCGCAACUGCGAAUGGCAUUGUAAGCGGUGAGGAUUCACUGACACCGCAGGUGGAAGCAGCUAUUGCUAACUAUAUGGUUCGGAAAUAUGCAGAUCCGGCGAACAACUCAGCUAUGCAUUCAGAAGAGCAGGAUGAGCCGGGUCCGUCAGGAAUAUUGGAGAGAUCUAACCGUCCAGCAAAUAUUCAGCCAGCCAGUCGUAAUGCUUCCGAUCAUCCUGCAAAUAAUCUGAUAGCAAUCGGCCGUCGAGCUAGCCCCAUUACUGAACAUAGAACAAACAGAGGUUAUGGAGGAAUGUCAGUUCGUGCAGCGAAUGCAGUUGACGACAGUCCACUAGGAUGGCAAGGUGCCAAGAGCACUCUCAAAGAAAGGAUCAGCUACAUGUAUUGCAAGGAUGUCCUAGCUGAUGUUUAUUUCAUCGUUGGAAAAGAUGAUAUGAGACAGCGUAUCCCCGCGCACAAAUUUGUUUUGUCGAUCGGCUCUGUUGUUUUCGAUGCAAUGUUCAACGGCGGCCUUACACCGCAAAAUUCACGAGAUCCACUGGAAAUCGAAUUGCCCGAUGUGGAGGUGCCUGCCUUUCGUGCACUCCUUCGCUUUCUAUAUUCAGACGAAGUUGAAAUUGGACCGGAGAGUGUGAUGACGACACUUUACACAGCCAAGAAAUAUGCCGUACCAGCGAUGGAAACUGCAUGUGUUGAGUUUCUGAAGCAAAGUCUGGGUGCUGAUAAUGCGUUUAUGUUGCUUACGCAGGCGCGACUCUUCGAUGAGCCUCAGUUAGCUAAAUUGUGUCUCGAAAUUAUAGACAAGAAUACUUUCGAAGCAUUGAAUGGCGAAGGAUUCACCGAUAUAGACCUAGAAACCUUGUGCUUGGUGCUUGCUAGAGACACACUCAGGAUCAAAGAGGCACAGCUGUUCCAAGCUGUGGUGAGAUGGUCAACUGAAGAAUGCGCUCGUCGUGGGCUCGAGCCAACUACCGAAAACCGAAGAGCGGUUUUAGGCAGAGCCGUGCAACUCAUACGGUUUCCCCUCAUGACCGUUGAAGAAUUUGCGCAAUCUGCUGCCCAAUCUGGACUGCUCACUGAUCGAGAAGUGGUAAAUCUGUUCCUCUACUUUACGGUGAAUCCCAAGCCUUCAAUCGGCUUCAAUGACAACCCGCGAUGUUCUGUUGCCGGCAAAGAGCUGGUUGUCAGUCGUUUUCAACGGAUUGACGGACGCUGGGGUUAUAGUGGUACUCCGGACAGAAUUAAGUUUACGGUGGAUAGGAAAAUAUACGUAGUUGGAUUUGGCUUAUACGGAGCUAUACACGGCCCCCACGAAUACCAGUGUACUAUACAGAUUAUCCAUUGUGGUACGGGAAAAGUUCUGGCGCAGAAUGAUACAUCGUUCGUUUGCGAUGGAUCAUCCUCAACUUGUCGGGUUUCCUUCCGUGAACCUGUAGAGAUCACCCCGGGAGUUACCUAUAUCGCCAGCGCAUGUCUGAAGGGUAUGGACUCUCAUUAUGGUACAAAAGGACUACGAAGGAUCGUUCAUCAGUCAGCCUCCGGUGGCGUUGUUACUUUCCAGUUCACGUAUGCUGCUGGUAACAACAAUGGAACAAGUGUUGAAGACGGACAAAUCCCAGAGAUCAUAUUCUAUACGAACAACAGUUAGGCGUCAAAUGUGGCUUAUGUGCAUGAUCAGACUCU